CCGGGGAGCGGGGUGUUCCCGCGGAGUGGCCGGGCGCGGACACUGUCCCCGGGCUCCGCCAUGGCCAGCUCGCCGCUCGCGGGUGCCCUGCUGGCGUGGGCGCUCUUGGCGCUGCUGGGGACGCCGGCGCGGGCGCGCGGCGGCCGCGGCCACGGGGACUGGGACGCCGAGGCCCGGCUGCCGCCGCUGCCGCCCCGCGAGGACGCGGCGCGCGUGGCCCGCUUCGUGACGCACGUCUGCGACUGGGGCGCGCUGGCCACCACGUCCACGGAGCCGGCGGUGCGCGGCCGGCCCUUCGCCGACGUGCUGUCGCUGAGUGACGGGCCCCCGGGAGCGGGCCGCGGGGUGCCCUACUUCUACCUGAGCCCCAUGCAGCAGCUCGUGGGCAACCUGCAGGUGGACUCCAACGCGACGCUCACCCUGUCCCUGGCCCAGACCAACUUCUGCAGGAAGAACGGGUUUGACGCCCAGAGCCCGCUGUGUGCGCACACGAUCCUCUCGGGCACCGUGACCAAGGUGAACGAGACGGAGCUGGACUGGGCGAAGCAGGCGCUGUUCAUCCGGCACCCCGAGAUGGAGUCCUGGCCGGCCAGCCACAACUGGUUCUUCGCCAAGCUGGACAUCACCAACAUCUGGGUAGUGGACUACUUUGGGGGCCCGAAGACAGUGACGCCCGCGGAGUACUACAAUGUCACCUUCCAGUGAGCCCAGGACGCCCGACGGCGGGAGUGGUUGUGGCGGCAUUUCUCUGGAAGCUUCUCGGGGCCUUAGCACCCACCUGCCCGCUCGCUCUCGGAGUCGACUCGGAUCUUUCCUUUCUAUGGAGUUUCUAGGGUUUUCUCUUUUCUUCCGACGUCCCUCCCCUUGGGCAUCCCCAGUCUGAAGAAGCCGCUUCCUUGCAUUCGGGUCAAAGGUCCCGCGUGCCCCGGGAUCCGUAGGGUUCCCACGUCAAUCCCCCACCACCCUCCACUGCUGCUGCCGCUGCGGGCAGAGGGGCUCCUGUGGCACCCGGAACCCUGAAAAAUCCCGCCGAGACAGCGGCAACACGUCCCCAGGGACCGAGCUGGACAGAGUCACCAGUGACCGCUGCCCUGGGCAUCAGCUUGUCUCAUUGGCCUGCAGAGGCUCAUCUCUCCACCAGGGGGCGCCACUGUACCUUCAGAACAGAUUAAAAAAAUUUUUUUUUUUUUUUAACUGUGCAAACCUAAAGUGAUCCUGACCCCAAACAGUGCACACUCACAAAACUUCCUGCAUCUGGUUUCCCCGCCCGAGUGGAUGCGGGCUAAUUCAUGUCCUCUCUCAGCGCCCUUUGCCCUCUGCGUGCCCGUGGCCCCUGGCGGGGUGGAUGGAGGAAGAUGGAGUGUCUCAUGUGGGGGGGGGCUCCAUCUCCGGGGGUCUUUCAUGAGGCUUGAAUCUGGACGUGGGUGGGCCUGCGGGGCAGCAGGGACCCCCAGCCCCCUCCUUUAUUUUGCAUAAGGCCUCUCCCUGAGAGAGAUUCGCUCCCUGGAUAUUAAAGUCAUCUUCUCGCA